GCAGACGUAGUGUCGGAGGAGGAAGUGAAAGGGGAAGAGAGCAGCAGCAGCAAGUCUCCAGGCAGACUAGCUUCUAACAAAGUGCCAAAUUUAAUCAUCUAAAUCUGCCUCCUCCGUCUACGACACUGUGGUUUUUUAAGUGUUCACGUUAAGGACGACUCUGUUUUUUAUUGGGAUCUGAAUCGAGGCGUUGCCAAACUCAAUUUAUCUCACGAGUUAAGUGCCAGCGAGGAAGCUAGCUAGCAAACUAACGCCUAGUUAGCCUCUGACGCUAGCUCCCUCCUGAACAACAGCCCGCCCCGGUGCUCAGGUCUCCUCUCCGCUGUGCUUCAGCUCCAAACUGCUGAAAAAUGACAUCCAGGAAGAAAGUGCUCCUGAAAGUCAUCAUCCUGGGAGAUUCUGGUGUUGGAAAGACCUCCCUCAUGAACCAGUACGUGAACAAGAAGUUCAGUAACCAGUACAAAGCUACAAUAGGAGCAGACUUCCUGACGAAAGAGGUGAUGGUGGACGACCGGCUCGUUACAAUGCAGAUAUGGGACACAGCUGGCCAGGAGAGGUUCCAGUCCUUGGGUGUUGCGUUCUACCGUGGAGCAGACUGCUGCGUGCUGGUGUUCGAUGUGACCGCACCCAAUACGUUCAAAACACUCGACAGCUGGAGGGACGAGUUCCUGAUCCAGGCCAGCCCCAGAGACCCAGAGAACUUCCCUUUUGUGGUGCUAGGCAACAAGAUCGACCUGGAGAACAGACAGGUAACCACCAAAAGGGCUCAGGCUUGGUGUCAGAGUAAGAACAGCAUCCCCUACUUUGAGACCAGUGCCAAAGAAGCCAUAAAUGUAGAACAGGCAUUCCAGACAAUUGCACGUAACGCCCUCAAACAGGAGACAGAAGUGGAGUUGUAUAAUGAAUUCCCAGAGCCCAUAAAACUGGAUAGGAACGACAGAGCUAAACCUUCAGCAGAAAUCUGCAGCUGCUAAAGGACAACUCGGACCGUCUUCUCUCUUGGCUUUCUGAACCACCCUGUCACCGGUUACAUCACCUGCACCUUGCUCCGAGGGAAAGUACUUCCCUGCUGGUCUUCCUUCUUCAAACCACUGUUCAUUCCAUCAACACAACCCCACACGAAGUACGCUGCAAAUGGAUGUACCCCACGCCCACCGCCCACUUAGCACACAAAUUAAUACACUAGGGUACUCGUUGCAAAAUCCAUUGCCCAAAGAUCACACACACAUGAGAAGAAUGACACCCCUUCUGACCUCGCGGCCCCUGACUUGAUAGCGAUUGAUCUCCAAUUGUCUGACUGUGGCCCCUGAUUCUCACACACAGGGGCCAGAUGGAGCUAUGUUCAAAGAUGGCAAUUGGGAACUCUGGAUGGACUGGCUGACGCUCUGUAGUGUGAGACGAUGUUGGCUAGUGUCAGCAUUCCAAGUAUCUUAUUCUCACGUCUGUUUUCUCUUUGCUUUAUAUUGCCUGACUUUCAACAAAUUAUAUUGUGUGUGUGUGUGU